AUGAGUAAUAAUAAAUCCCUCAAAAGGAAACGCAACGACGACGGCGACUCGAAAUCUCCGACCAGUAAAAGCCUCACCGUAGACGGCGGAGAUCCUUACCCCGAACUCCUUAGACCUACCUCCGACGAAUGUAGAGACGUAAGGGAUGCUCUGCUCUCUCUCCAUGGAUUCCCUCCCGAGUUCGCCACUUACCGCCGUCAAAGACUCCGAUCACCAUUGGAGUCGGAUAAGGAGGAGGAGAGUGUGCUUGAUGGGCUUGUUAAAAUUCUUCUUUCGCAGAAUACCACUGAGGCCAACUCUCAAAGGGCUUUUGCUUCUCUUAAAUCUCAGUUUCCUAAUUGGGAAGAUGUUUUGGUUGCUGAGCCAAAAUUAAUUGAGAAUGCUAUAAGAUGUGGAGGAUUAGCUCCUAAAAAGACUGUCUGUAUCAAAAACAUUAUGAGCCGUUUGCAGAAAGAGAGAGGCAGAUUGUGUUUGGAGUAUCUUCGCGGUUUAUCGGUUGAACAAGUGAAAACUGAGCUCUCUCAUUUUAAAGGAGUAGGACCCAAAACGGUUUCUUGUGUUUUGAUGUUCAACCUUCAGCACAAUGAUUUCCCAGUAGACACUCAUGUAUUUGAGAUCUCCAAGGCGUUAGGUUGGGUACCGAAAACUGCAGACAGGAAUAGAACCUAUGUUCAUCUCAACCGCAGGAUUCCGGAUGAGCUCAAGUUUGAUCUGAACUGUCUGUUAUAUACACAUGGUAAGCUCUGCAGCAACUGCAAGAAGAAUGUUGCGAAACCAAAAGCUAAAGUAGCUUCUUCAUCUGUUGAUUGCCCUCUCCUGGGGUUUUCUGGUUUAGUAUAGAUAACCAAGAUUAUAACUUGUUUUUUGGUUAGUUCCAUAUGGUAGUUUUGUGGGUUUAGUAUCCCUUCUUGACUCGUUGCUUAUAACAGUAUUAGAA